ACUGCUCUGAUUCCCAUUCUUAGAACUGUCAGAGUUAAUCGCGUUAACCCUCAUUCCUAACUCGGAUUGUUCAUAAUCAAAUCAUAUCCUGUUAUUUAUUUCUUUGAAUGUACGAUUUAAAGACUGAUGGCUAGCGUUUAACACAAGAUACUUGACAAACGACUAUUUUAUCAAAAUUGCCCAGAAUCUUUGUAUAAGUGAUAUUAAUGAAAAUGGAAUGUAAAAAUAACCAAUUCCCUAAAGCACAGUCAAUGUCAAAGCGAUUAAGGAUAAUCCUAAAACCGUUAAAGUUCUGCAUAUUGGGAAAUAAAGGAAAAAGAUGCUCUGAAAUAAUUGUACAACAAAACGACAAUACUCUACACGAUUCGCAAUACGAUUGUCAAAUUCGCAAGGAAGACAAAUUUACGGAUCUUGCUAAUACUCCUGAGAUCGAAAUUGGGCAGUAUGCAGCAGGUCCAUCGGCGGUAGUUGAAGAUAUUGGAGUAUCAAACACAGUAGCGCCUCUUCUGAAAGAACAAUCAGAGGAACCAUUGAUAACUAUUCCUGAGGAGUCUGAAACAUCUGGGCCCCAAGAAGAGAGAAAUAAAAAUAUAUGUCCUGAUGAGUGUACAUGCAAAGUAAUACGUGCAUUGUAUCUAAUAGUAGAUGAGAUGAAGAAGGUUGACACAGUGAUUAGCGAAGUGAAAAGACGAGACGAGUAUGUAUACAUUCCAACAACCGAAGACAAAAAUAUUUUUAUUAACUCAAUAAAACAAAAUUCUCAAGUGUGUCAUGUCAUAAUAAACGAAUUAAAGAGACAACGAAUUCAAAUAAACAAGAUGCUCAAGCUGUAUAACGAGUCGACAGUGAAAUUCUCAAGAUUGGAUGCUGCGAUGGAACAGCAGAGCGAUAAGGUACGCGAAAUGGAAGUGGAAGUGGCUCGUAUUCUGGAGACUGUGGAAACUUUGCAAAAGGAGAGAGAAGAACGACACGCGUUAUUCGUUAAGAAAAGAGCUGAGAGUAAAAUUAAGGAUGAAAAAGAUGAGGAACUUUUUGAAAUGGAUUUGGCAUGGUUGUCGAAUUUGGAGGAACGUCGAGAGAGAGAAUUGAAGGAAGAGGAAGAGCGUGACAAGGAUCAAGAAUUGAAAAGGAUAAAGGAUCGUGCAAUGCUGACUGCAGCAAUCAGGCAAUUACAAGAAUUGACUGUUGCCCAAAGGACGCGAAGUUUUUGCAGAGAAAACUUGGUGACAUUAACACACAAUCCAGCCAAUGAGAUUAAUUGCAAAAAUAGACAUCGUUUGCACUCUUCGCAUUACAAUAAAUCCACAAUUCCAGUUCCUCUUGGAACAAUUCCUCGUUGCCAUUGUUCGGCUGUGUCACCAAUUGGAUUGAACAAGAUCAAUACAGCUGAUCCAACUUUUAUACCAAUUGUGUGUGGAUCACCUGUGAAAAUGUCAAGAACACAUUUGAUUAAAAUUAGAGGCGACGAAUAUCCAACUCUGAGACAAGAAACAGUAGAGUAUCAGAUGCAAUCAAAUGGGACAUUUGCCACAGAUCAUGGAGUACGGAAUAAUUGUCAACAAGGACCACUCAGAAGGACGCACGGUGCGUUUGCCACAAAGGAAAAACGCUGUAAAGACAUAAAAACAAUUAAUAAAAAUCAAAGCAAUAUUGGAAAUGUCAGGCCAUGGUUUGGACAUCGCAAGAAGAAUUAUGUAUAAUGUUCAAUAUGGGAAACACUGGAG